AUGAAGAACUAUUACGCCAGCCACGGCGAUCCGGAUCGCUUGAAGUGGCUGCACGACAACUGCAACGCUGAAUAUUCAGCCGAGGCGAUGGACGGAGCGGCGACAAAUGGGCACCUCGAAGUCGUCAACUUCGGCGUCUUGGGCGGCGGUAAUUCAACCGCGAAAUGCACCACCGCAGCCAUGGAUGGAGCGGCGAUGAACGGCCAUCUGAACGUGGUCAAGUGGCUGCACAAGAACCGAGCAGAAGGCUGCACGACCGCAGCCAUGGACGAAGCUGCGCGCAACGGCCACUUCAGUGUGGUUCUGUGGCUGCACUGCAAUCGGAAGGAAGGCUGCACCACAGCAGCGAUCGAUAACGCCGCCAGUGGCGGCUACCUGCAGGUGGUGGAGUGGCUACACAAAACUCGCUCGGAAGGGUGCACGCACGACGCGAUGAUCAAUUCAGCGUCGAAGGGAUUCCUAGAGAUCGUCAAGUACCUGCACGUCAACCUUAACCAAGCAGCUUCCAACGCCGCGAUCACUGCAGCCGCACGCAACGGACAUCUACCAGUGGUGCAGUAUCUGCACGAAAACCACUCGGAGCGCUGCACGGCGGACGCUAUCACCGUCGCAAAGGAGAACGGACACACUAAUGUUGUUGCGUUCAUGCUGGAGCACGAGGAGUGUCGUCGAGCGUACGAAGCAGGCCGGUUCAUGGUUGGCGCUGAAACUUUUGAUGGUGAGUCUGAUGUUGAAGCUGAGCUUGAAGCGCGCCUUCGUGUGGAGGUCGAAGCGAGCAUUCGAGCUGAGGAAGGGGCGAGGAUCAGAGCGGAAGUGGAGGCCGCAGUUCGAGCUGAGCAGGAGGAAGUUAUGCUGCGUGCCAAGAUCCGAGCGGAGAUCCAGGACGAGGUGGAGGAGAAGAUGCGCGCUGAGAUCCGAGCUGAAUUGCUCGCCCAGAAGAAGACGCAGCCGUGCACGAUCUGCUUUGGCAACAUCGACCACCCGAUCACGACCUCGUGCAGUCACACGUUCUGCGCCGGGUGUCUGGCCAAGUGGCGUAGCGGAGGUCACGAGUUGUGCCCCAUGUGCCGAUCGAGCCUCAAGUGA